UGAAAGAUUUAAAAAAGAACCAAAGGAAAGAGAAGGAGAAACAGAAAGAGAAAAGAAGGAAAAAGAACUGUUUUGAAUGUGCGAUUAUGCACAAGCUAAAAAUGUAUCUUUAUAUUUAUCUUCUCAUGUUAAUCAUACCAGUGGAACUUAAUGAAAGUAAUCAGGCAAAUGAGAAUACAGAAAAAGGUGGACUAUGCAACGCAUGUACAUGGAGGCAAAAUACAAAAUCUUCAAGAAUAGAAGCUAUAAAAAUUCAGAUCCUCAGUAAACUGCGUCUAGAACAAGCACCUAACAUUAGCCGGGAUAUUAUAAGGCAACUUUUACCUAAAGCUCCUCCACUGCAAGAACUGAUUGACCAGUAUGAUAUCCAGGGAGAUGAUAGCAGUGAUGAUUCUUUGGAAGAUGAUGAUUAUCAUGCUACAACUGAAACUAUUAUUACAAUGCCUACAGACUCUGAUUUUCCUAUACCAGUAGAUGGAAAACCCAAAUGUUGCUUCUUUAAAUUUAGUUCUAAAAUACAGUAUAACAAAGUAGUGAAAGCCCAGUUGUGGAUAUACUUAAGGCAAGUUCAGAGGCCUACAACCGUAUUUGUGCAGAUUCUGAGACUCAUCAGACCUAUGAAAGAUGGUACAACUUCAACUGCAAUUCGAUCCUUGAAACUUGACAUGAACCCAGGCACCGGUAUUUGGCAGAGUAUUGAUGUGAAGACUGUUUUGCAAAAUUGGCUUAAACAACCUGAAUCCAACCUGGGCAUUGAAAUCAAAGCUUUGGAUGAAAAAGGAAGAGAUCUUGCAGUGACUUAUCCAGGACCAGGAGAAGAUGGCUUGAAUCCUUUUUUAGAGGUCAGGAUUACAGAUACACCAAAAAGAUCACGUAGAGAUUUUGGGCUUGACUGUGAUGAACACUCAACAGAAUCUCGAUGUUGUCGCUACCCACUGACAGUGGAUUUUGAAGCCUUUGGAUGGGACUGGAUUAUUGCACCCAAAAGAUAUAAAGCAAACUACUGCUCUGGAGAAUGUGAAUUUGUAUUUUUACAAAAAUAUCCACACACUCAUCUGGUACACCAAGCAAAUCCAAGAGGUUCAGCAGGCCCUUGCUGCACACCUACUAAGAUGUCCCCAAUAAAUAUGCUGUAUUUCAAUGGAAAAGAACAAAUAAUAUAUGGGAAAAUACCAGCUAUGGUAGUAGAUCGUUGUGGCUGCUCAUGAAUUCUGCAUUAGAUUUGCUGCUUCAUAAAAUAUGGA